AUGUCGACAUUUACACAAAGCCUACGGCAGCUGCGAUGCCAAGGCAAGGCUUUCCGAGCACCAUGGCCUCAGUCAGCCUGGCAACGUCCCUCUUUUCCCCUCGCCAUCCGAAGCAUCGCUACCGAGACAUCAACGCCAAUUGUUGAGCCUAAACCCGACGACUUCGCCGUAACGACAGACCCCAGCUCCAAAUUCACGAUACCGUUCCAGGGAGUUGAACAUGCUCGUGCCGUUCCACUUUCGGCCUCGUACUUCUCACGAGAGCCUCAAUUCAACGAGAUGUAUCUCCGUAUCGCUCGCCUACUCACCAAAUAUCACACACUACCAACACUACCACCAAGUCAUGCUCCUCCAACAGCUUGGGUUAAGCUCCAGGAAAUGCGAUCAAAGCUCGGUGAGCCGAUCAAGGCUUCCCACUACGCCAAGGUAAUCCGGGUCGCCAAGCGUCUGAACCAAAUUGAGCCCUCGCUUUUCCCUGCGGAAGUUCGAGCUGCCCUCGAGGAGUUUAAGCGUGAUAUCAACCCAUUCAUGAACGUCCCCCACGAGAUAACAAUCGACAAGUAUGGUCGAGCUGUUGGUGUUGGCAAGCGAAAGGAAUCUACUGCUCGUGCUUGGGUUGUAGAGGGUACAGGAGAGGUCUUGAUCAAUGGCAAGACUUUAAGCCAGGCUUUUGGUCGUGUUCAUGAUCGUGAAAGCGCAGUUUGGGCUCUUCAAGCCACUGAGCGAUUAGACAAGUAUAACGUCUGGGCAUUGGUGGAGGGCGGUGGAACAACCGGUCAGGCCGAAGCACUUACGUUGGCGGUUGCCAAAGCUCUGAUCGUUCAUGAGCCAGCACUCAAGACUGCUCUUCGAAAAGCUGGCUGUAUCACAAGAGACCCGAGGACUGUGGAGAGAAAGAAGCACGGCCAUGUCAAGGCACGCAAGAUGCCUGCCUGGGUCAAGCGAUAA